AUGACAGAGGUAAGAUGGAAGGAGAAAGGUGACAUGAAGAGUGGUGAUUUUCGAACGAUAUAUUCGGGGGGACAAGAGACACAACGUGGUGCAGCGUUGCUACUUGACAAGCAGUCCAGCCAAGCGGUAGUGGAGGUUGAUUGCAUCAGUGACAGGUUGAUGGUGGUGCGGUUGUGUGGAACACCAGUAGAUCUAGUGGUGAUGGUUGUAUACAUGCCAACCAGCAAUCAUACAGAUGUGAAGGUGGAGGAAUUGUAUGACAAAAUUGAAGAAAAAUUAUCUACAUGUAGAGGUAAAGAUUACGUAGUGGAACUUGGAGAUAUGAACGCAACUGUUGGAGAAGAAAAGAUCUUGAACGUGGUCGGAAAUUAUGGACUGGGGACAAGAAAUAUCAUGGGUGAGAUGCUAGUAGACUUUUGUGUGAGAAACAAGCUGUCGAUAACAAACACAUUGUUCAAGAACAACGACAGAAGAAGAUACACUUGGAAAGCUCCAGGAGACAUAAGGAGAUUGCAGCUGGAUUACAUCAUCGUCAGACAAAGGUAUAAGACAAGUGUAAAGAACUCGUGUUCCUACCCAGGUGCAGAUGUUGAAUUAAUCUUAAAAUGGGACAGAGAACAACUAAAGACGGAAAAAGCAGAGGAGUACGUGAAUGCAACCUACAACGAACUGGCGAAAAACACCGAAAGUGCAAUCACAGUAAACAAUGGAUGGGGAAGAUUGCGGAAUACAAUGAUGAAAGGAGCAGAAAACACCAUUGGUAAGGUUAAAACGAAGAGAAUAAAGAAGCCUCGGGUGACUGAAGAAAUGCUGGUAAAGAUGGAUGAGCGAAGAAAGUGGAAAAAUGUCAACACCGAAGUGGGCAAGGGAAAAUAUCGGAAACUGAACAACGAAUUGAGAAGAACAACGGACUGGCCAAGAGAACAGUGGUGGGAAGAAGAGUGUAGAGAAAUAGAAAGACUGGAUGACAUGGGAAGAUACGAUCAAGUAUACCAGAGAGUAAAGAAAUUAACAUCCGACAAGAGAAGUAACAAUGCUCAAAGAUAA